UUCAACAAUUCAACUACCUCUGUAUUUCAUUAUACCAUUCUUUAUACUCUCAAUCGCAACCACUGGAAUCUGUCAAGCAUUGAUGCUAAAAUGAGGAACAACUAUCUACAAAAUUCUGCAAUCCCUUCACGACUAUGACGUGACCAAGUAUCGAGUUGUGUGUUUCUACUGCAUGUAUUCCUGUGAUAUAAUGAACUCAGGUCCGCCGACUGUCAAAAGAUUCGUACUGUGUUUUUAGUCCAUUUCUCCUGUGUUAAUUAUUUCAUAUAUUUGCUAUUAUCAUGGGCGAAACUGAGAAUUCUGAAAACGACGGGCAAGGUGGAAUAAUACUCCACAGAGGAUACCUAAUCCAAGGUGAAAAUCAGACGGUUGAGGGAGGAUUGACCCUAGUGUUUCCAAAAAAUGGAAAGCGUUAUGCAGUUCUACAAAACACUGGUCCUCUCCAUUUCUGCCUCAGUCUGUACAAAGACGAAAAAAGUUUCAUGAAGAAAGAGAAGAAGAGUUCAAAGGUCACUGAGAUGCAUUUUACAGCUAACAUCAAGAUCCAUUCCUUAGAGAUGAUGAUGGGACGGUCGAGAAAGCCCCAAAAUAUUUUCAUCAUCGUCCACGGGGGUAUGCCUCGAUACUUCAAACCGUCUAACGGGCCAUAUACGUUUUCCCGAUCCAAUUCUGUUGAAAUGAUGGAAUGGGUGAAAGGCUUUCAGAAGGUAGCUAACGCUAUAGCUCGACGCCCUACAAUAACCCGAGAUGAAAGAUCAAGCACCGAUGGUGAUGAUGAUACACAGGUCACAAGCAGGUCAAAUAAACCGAAGCGCCCUGAUCAAGAUAGCGGCAUCGAGAUCACAUCGCCGAACACUCCCCGAGGCUCGGCCUUGUCAACCGACCAGGGCGACAAGGAAGAAGAGGGCAGGAGCUCCGAGGAAGAUGCACCAGUCAACAUCUUACCGGAAGCCAUCGAGAUGGACAUCCCGGAAGAAGAAUUCGAGGAUGAUGAUGAUGGAGGUGGUACUGACGGGGGAGACGAUGUCGCCGAUGGUGGCACCAAAGGUGAAGCGGGUAGAAGCGGCGGUAUCACCGACGAAGAUGGGCCAUGUCGACGGUCACGAAUGGUGUUGAAUCACGAUCGCUAUGAAGAGCAGUUUAUCAAAAGCAGACCAAGCGAUAUCCCAAAGUCAUCCGUCCUUAAAUCUAAGCAAAUCUUCGAACCGAUCAAGGAAGAACAAGAUAGGCCAAAACCGGAACCCAAACCGCGAACUUUGAAAACCGUCGAGGAAAUCCGAAAGAACAUCGUCACAAUGAGAUUAUCCACGUGGCCGAGCCGACCCGACAGUGAGGGGAAAGAUCCGGCUAAGGAUCCGGACUAUCAAAAGUUCGUCGUCAAAACGGAAAGGAAACCAAGUGAACCGGAAGGGGUUGCCGUUGAAUUGGGGAAUUUCCCGCAGCUCCCACCGAAAUCAAGUGGUUCUGUCGCUAAAUGGAAGACUAUAGACAAAGUAAAAGACAUUGAGAAGCAACUUGGGGGCAAGCCGCCUAUAGGUGUGGGUAGGCCUUCUCCUUCUCGUGCUAGUUUGCAAGACAAGAAAUUAAAGCGAGCUAGACCAAUUCGGGAUAGUUCUCUGUAUAAUGACAACGAUGAGGAUGAGGCGGAGGAAGAAGCAUCGACAUCAUCCAACCAAGAUCCUGAGAGCGAACCUCCGUACGAUCGACUCUCGAAAUAUCGACGGGAUAAAAAUCAGAAUGACGGGAGUGUCGAAGGUCAGGAGGGAAACGAAGGGGGUGUCGAGGUGGUCAAUGAUGAGGACAAACGAUCAUCGGGUGAAUCUCUCCCUGAUGAAGAGAGAACGAGACUUUAUACUGAUGCUGCCUCGAUUCGAAGACGACCUCUCCCACAGCCUAAUAAAGAGACAGAUUGGAAAAAUGUUGGGAACAUGGUGUAUGAACAAUCUUGCCGAUCUUGUAACAUUAGUGUGGCUAAGAGUGACAUCACAAACGCGUUAGUUCUGGUCAAAGUUCACGAGGAAGUUAUGAUUGCUGGCUGGAAGAAAGACGUAUCGGAUAAACUACACGGCAAGCUGCACGUUGGUGACGUCAUAUUACAAGUCAAUGACACCAUCAUCAAAGACGCCGGUCCAGACUUCAUCAACAUCCUCAUAAACUCAUCUGCCAAAAAUGAAAUCAAUUUAGUGAUAAGACGUCUGCCCCAUGCCUCCAUCAAGGAACUAAAUAAGACUGACGAACAGACAAGUUGGGGUCUCGAAACGCACAAAAAUGAGAUACGAGGUGUGAGCGGCCCAGCCCUGGAAGGUGGUAUCACGCCGAAGACAUCGGGUGUGCUAAGCAGCAAACAGUGCGAAUGGGUCGUCACUGAACUUGCACACCAGCGAAUUCCUUUAGUCAAGUGCGCACAAGACGAGGUCAAACAAAGGCUGGAGAACCUUUCCAAUGAGAACAACCUUGUCUUGAUCAUACAACCACGUGACCUAGUCUCAGAGUUACGAGAAGGGUUGAAACGAACUAAGCACCCUUCACAGUACGACGUGUGAGUUCCGGUUACGUGGCGAUCGAUCCGCUUACCCGAUCAUAGAGCGAGUCAUUGGACAGUGUGUCCGGUUAGGCGUCUACAUAUUCAGUUAUUUGGCCAAACUGAUGGUCUUGAUAGCAGUUCAUGAAAGUUACAUCUUUGAAUUUUGCCAUUGAGAAAGAAGGGUCAUUUUUUAAAAAUAAUAAUGUAACCGAAAACAAUACUCUCUUUUUUCUUGAAAAGGAUGAUAGGCCUAAUGAAAGAGGAAAUAUAGGUCCUAUAUUAGGAUAUGAUGUGUGGAUGCAUAAUCAUAAAUUUUUUCCUCGAAUAUAUUUGAAUGUAUUUCGAAUGCAUAAUCAUAGAAUUUUUCCUCGAAUAUAUUUGAAUGUCUUUCGGAAGCCUUAGAUAACCUUUGAGGAAAAGGACGACCGAAUCUACAAUACGCAGGAAAAGAGAAGGUUCAAAUUCGAAAUUGCAAAUGUACAAUGACUUGAUUACAAAAUGUGUAUUUUAUAUUUAUUUCAUAAUGUUGGUUCUUUAUGCAGGUUUUGUUGUUUAUAGCAAAUGAUUUCGAAUUUCCUGGAGAAAUUUGCAAGUUUGUAUUAUUUUAAUUCGUGUAUAAUGACAUUUGAUAAAAUCAUCAGUUUAGAAGAAAAAAAACUUAUGUAGAAACGUCAUGAUAGUAUUUAAAGUGAAACCUGACACAUUCCGAAAAUACCUACUCAUGUCUGGCUGAUAACAGGAUGAAAGACAAUGCUGCGUCUCCAUAUUCUUAAAAUAAAAUACAUUUAUACUGCAUUUACAAUGACCAAUUGAAUAUAUUCAGUUUUUGUUAAUUCAUUCAUGUUCAGGAUAAUGUUUUAUGGAGGAAGUCAGUUGGGAAUUGGUUAAUUGAGAACAUAAUUUAUGAUUCAUCUGUGUGACUCUGGUCCCCAUCCAAACCUGAGAUUGCGUUUUUUCCCGCCAUCAAACCCAUAAUGACAUAAUAAGGAUAUCAAGAUGAAUUUCCGAUGAAAUAGAAGACAGUUUUGUUUACAGGACAAUGUACAAAAUGUUUAACAGUUUAAGGAGUCUUGGGGGCAUCAUAAUCUGAUGAGGAAGAUGUUUUUCUCACAAAAACCUAUAUUACAAGCUGAAUGAUACCGGAUAAAAACGUGAAGUAUAAGUGUACAAAUUUGGUGAAAUAAAUCUUGAUGAAAUGCGCAUGAAAAUGCAGAAAGGGAGAAUAAUGUGUGAUAAAUGGCAAAAGCACGGAAAUGAAUGACCAAGUAAUGAAAGAAGAACUUUUUUCAUGAAUUGAAAUGAUGCAUUAGAUUUAAAUCGAUGCAAAGUAUGCAUCCAUGUUAUAUGAUGUAUGGACCCCGAUUUCAUGGAGUGGUCCUGGGAUAGGUUGCCAGAAUGUGAAUCUGAAUUUGGGAGUUCGAAUCCUAUCGCAAGAUCCAUCCAACGAGGUGAAACGAGUAUGUUACCUCGUACAAGUCGUAGAGUCCAGCAGCUUGAGUUCGAUCUAUUAUAAUGAUAAUAAUUAAAAUCUAUUAUAAUUUUGGAGGAAUUAUCAUUUAAUUUAAUUGAUCAUUAAAUUAUCAUUUGCAGUUGCGUAUAGUUAUCAUCCAUUGAUAUGAUAUGGCAGGCUUACGUCAAUAGUCUGACAAGCAAAAUGAGGAAGCAGUUAUGUAUCAUUUUUUUUAUUCUACUGUAUUAAAGCAUGACUAGAUUAUAUUUUUAGAUACAGAUACAUAUUAUUUAAGCAGUGUUUAAUAUGUUAUUAUUUUCGUAUCUCAUUAUCAGAUGAACCGUACAUUUUGUGAAAUUCUUGAAUGAUAAUGAUUCCGUGCACUUUGGAAAAUGAUUAUAUGAAAUGGUUAAUUUGAAUGUUUUAGGUCAGAGAACCAACAACUUUAGUUUAUCAAUAAUUCUACUCGUUGUUGGUUGACAAGGCUUAUGGUAAGGAUGAAAAUUAUUUGAUAUUAUGAAAAAAAUACUUUCUUAUUAAAAAGGUUUACAAUAUUGUUAUUUCAACACUA